UUGAUCAUUGUGAUGGUGGCAGGAGCAGCGGCGGCAGCGGCAGCCCAGCCGAGCGUUAGGGGCUGCUCUCCGCGCGGCGUUUUCCAAAGGACUUCACCGAUCUACUUUUGCAGUCGCCUCGGACUGUCCAUGUGUUUACUUCCCCCAGCCCGAGGAUUCGAUAUCUAGGUUCCUGUGAAAUGCAACUGAGCAGCCAAAGUACUUUGAGAACACGGGGCGGCAUAAACACCAAAACUUUUUUGUGGAAGGAAAAUGCAAUAAGCAAGCUUGCCGUUUUCCGAUGCGGUGUGGAGUGAGUGUGUGUCGCGCGUGUCCGCACUGGAGGCAUAUGCUUGUGUGUGUACAUGGGGUGUGUUUUUCGGUACGUAGGGAGAAAAUGCUUGCCAACUACCGGAAAUCUCCUGGAAUUUAUUAGAAAAUAAUGGAUUAUAAAAAGAAGGCAGGCGAGGAGCGGAUCUCCCCUUGAGUUGCAACCCGAUUUGCUGCUGGCUCAGUUUGUUGUGAUUCUUUUUGUUGAUAGGUGUCUGAUGGUAUUCCGAUAACACCCCCCUUUUUUCCCCCUCCAGCUUUACAGUUUAAAAAAAGGAAACAAAAAAACCACCCCAAAAUCUCUCCCCCUUUUUUUUCGCCCCGUCGGGAUCGCUGUUUCCAUCCAUGUGCUUGCGUCUCCCCCGCGUUCCACUUAAACUAUUUUAAUCCUUGGACCCAAGGAGGAGGCUGAUAGGGGGGUGGAUAAAAAAAGUUCUUCCAAAAUAGUGUGCCCGGGGAGCAGGAUGGGGGAUUUCGCAGCCCCCGCUGCUGCCGCGAAUGGCAGUAGUAUUUGCAUCAACAGUAGCCUGAACAGCAGCCUCGGCGGGGCCGGGAUCGGUGUGAAUAAUACUCCCAAUAGUACUCCCGCUGCUCCGAGUAGCAAUCACCCCGCUGCCGGCGGCUGCGGCGGCGGCGGCGGCUCCGGGGGCCCCGGCGGCAGCUCGGCGGUCGUCCCCAAGCACAGCACGGUGGUCGAGCGGCUCCGCCAGCGCAUCGAGGGCUGCCGGCGGCACCACGUCAACUGCGAGAACAGGUACCAGCAGGCUCAGGUGGAGCAGCUGGAGCUGGAGCGCCGGGACACGGUGAGCCUCUAUCAGCGGACCUUGGAGCAGAGGGCCAAGAAAUCGGGCGCCGGCACCGGCAAGCAGCAGCACCCGAGCAAACCCCAGCAAGAUGCGGAGGCUGCCUCGGCGGAGCAGAGGAACCACACGCUGAUCAUGCUACAAGAGACUGUGAAAAGGAAGUUGGAAGGAGCCCGAUCCCCACUUAACGGAGACCAACAGAAUGGAGCUUGCGAUGGGAGUUUUUCUCCGACCAGCAAGCGGAUCCGAAAGGACAUGCCCACAGGGAUGGAAGCCAUCAACAGUUUGCCCAACAACAUGCCCCUGCCUUCAGCUUCCCCUCUUCACCAACUUGACCUGAAGMCUUCUCUGCCCUUGCAGAACAGCGGGACUCACACUCCUGGGCUUCUGGAGGAUCUUAAUAAGAACGGCAGGCUCCCCGACAUCAAACUCCCUGUCAACGGCUGUAGUGACCUGGAGGACAGCUUUGCCAUCUUGCAGAGCAAGGACCUCAAACAGGAACCUCUCGAUGACCCUACUUGCAUAGACACAUCAGAAACAUCUCUUUCUAAUCAGAACAAGCUGUUCUCAGACAUUAACCUGAAUGACCAGGAGUGGCAGGAGUUAAUAGAUGAGUUGGCCAACACGGUUCCGGAAGAUGACAUCCAGGACUUGUUCAACGAGGACUUCGAAGAGAAGAAGGAGCCGGAAUUCUCACAGGCAGCCGCGGAGACGCCUCUGUCCCAGGAGAGCACCAGUGUGAAGAGUGAUCCCUCUCACUCUCCUUUUGCACACGUCUCCAUGGGCUCUCCCCAAGCCCGGCCUUCGUCUUCGGGUCCUCCCUUUUCCUCCGUCUCCACCGCCACGAGCUUACCUUCUGUUGCCAGCACUCCCGCAGCUCCGAACCCUGCCAGCUCACCGGCCAACUGCGCUGUCCCAUCCCCUCAAACGCCAAACCAAGCCCAUACCCCAGGCCAAGGUCCACCGCGGCCCGGCAACGGUUAUCUCCUGAAUCCAGCCGCAGUGACAGUGGCCGGUUCAGGGACAGGCCCGGUGGCUGUGCCCAGCUCUGACAUGUCUCCUGCAGAGCAGCUCAAACAGAUGGCUGCCCAGCAGCAGCAAAGGGCCAAACUCAUGCAACAGAAGCAGCAGCAACAGCAGCAGCAGCAGCAGCAGCAACACUCAAAUCAGACUUCAAGCUGGUCUCCCCUGGGGCCUCCGUCUAGUCCAUACGGAGCAGCUUUUCCUGCAGAAAAACCAAAUAGCCCAAUGAUGUACCCCCAAGCCUUUAACAACCAAAACCCUAUAGUGCCUCCCAUGGCAAACAACCUGCAGAAGACCACGAUGAAUAACUACCUCCCUCAGAACCACAUAAAUAUAAUCAAUCAUCAGCCAAAUAACUUGGGUACAAACUCCUUAAACAAACAGCACAACAUUCUAACUUACGGCAACACUAAACCUCUGACCCAUUUUAMCGCAGACUUGAGUCAGAGAAUGACACCACCAAUGGCCAACCCCAACAAGAACCCCUUGAUGCCGUAUAUCCAGCCGCAGCAGCAGCCCCCGCAGCAGCCCCCACAGCAGCAGCCUCCGCCCCCACCCCAGCUCCAGGCUCCCAGGGCGCACCUGAGCGAGGAGCAGAAGCGCAUGCUUCUCAUGAAGCAGAAAGGAGUGAUGAAUCAGCCCAUGGCUUACGCCGCGCUUCCAUCCCACGGUCAGGAGCCGCACCCAGUUGGGCUUCCUCGGACCACAGGCCCUUUGCAGUCCUCUGUGCCCCCAGGCUCGAGCAGCAUGGUCUCUGGGGCCAGUCCUGCUGGUCCCGGCUUCCUGGGCAGCCAGCCCCAGGCAGCCAUCAUGAAGCAGAUGCUGAUUGAUCAGCGGGCUCAGCUGAUGGAGCAGCAGAAGCAACAGUUCCUGAGGGAGCAGAGGCAGCAGCAGCAGCAGCAGCAGCAGCAGCAACAGCAGCAGCAGAUUCUGGCUGAGCAGCAGUUGCAGCAGUCUCAUCUCCCCCGGCAACACCUCCAGCAACAGCGGAACCCAUACCCUGUGCAGCAAGUCAAUCAGUUUCAAGGCUCACCCCAGGAUAUAGCAGCCGUGAGAAGCCAGGCAGCCCUCCAGAGCAUGCGAACGUCACGGUUGAUGGCACAGAACGCAGGCAUGAUGGGAAUGGGGCCCUCCCAGAACCCAGGGACGAUGGCCACAGCUGCGGCCCAGUCAGAGAUGGGACUGGCCCCUUACAGCACCACACCUACCAGCCAGCCAGGAAUGUACAGUAUGAGCACAGGAAUGACCCAAAUGUUGCAGCACCCAAACCAAAGUGGCAUGAGCAUCACACACAACCAAGCCCAGGGGCCGAGGCAGCCUGCCUCUGGCCAAGGGGUCGGCAUGGUGAGUGGCUUUGGUCAGAGCAUGCUGGUGAACUCAGCCCUGACCCAGCAGCACCAGCAGAUGAAAGGCCCAGUGGGCCAGGCCUUACCAAGGCCCCAAGCCCCUCCAAGACUUCAGAGCAUCAUGGGAACUGUCCAGCAAGGAGCGCAAAGCUGGCAACAGAGGAGCUUGCAGGGAAUGCCCGGAAGGACUAGUGGAGAACUGGGCCCAUUCAACAAUGGCRCCAGCUACCCACUUCAAGCCGGCCAACCCAGACUGACCAAGCAGCACUUCCCCCAGGGACUGAGCCAGUCGGUUAUGGACGCUAACACUGGCACAGUGAGAACCCUCAACCCAGCUGCCAUGGGUCGGCAGAUGAUGCCCCCACUCCCGGGGCAGCAGGGCACCAGCCAGGCGAGGCCCAUGGUCAUGUCUGGGCUGAACCAGGGCGUCCCUGGCAUGCCAGCCUUCAGCCAGCCCCCAGCGCAGCAGCAGAUGCCCAGUGGCAGCUUUGCCCCCAGCAGCCAGAGUCAAGCCUAUGAGCGGAACCCUCCUCAGGACAUGCCAUACAAUUACAGCGAAGGCGCGGGGGCUUCCUUCCCUGGACUCCCGGACGGUGCAGACCUAGUGGACUCCAUCAUCAAAAGCGGGCCAGGGGAUGAGUGGAUGCAAGAGCUUGAUGAAUUAUUUGGUAACCCCUAGUCAAGAGGGGUCCCGGGAGCCACAGCUACAGUGGUACAGGCUUACCACGUGGAAAAGAAACAGGAUGCUGACCCGUCCAUGUUUUUUUGUUUUUUUGACCCACGUAAACUGAGCAAAACUACAGCUGGCUGAUGGUGGAAGAUCCAGGUGUCCACCAUGGCCCAGGGGGGCCUCGUUCACCUGGUUUUCACACAGCAAUCGAGCUGAGGCGCCAUGCCGAUCCCUGCUGCAAAAGAGGAGAUGGGGAGGGCAGGGGGGAAAGAUGAAGGAAGUGAAUCCCUCUGC